AGCCAUUUGGGCUAAAGGUGCGGCACCGCCACCGACUACCGCUAGAGAAACGCUCUGCUCCCGCCAUGUCUUUCAAGCCGCAGAUCGUCAUCGACUGCCGCGGGCACCUCCUUGGCCGCCUGGCCUCCGUCGUGGCGAAGGAGCUUCUCAACGGCCAGCAGGUCGUCUGCGUCCGCACCGAGGAUAUCAACAUAUCAGGCUCCCUCUACCGGAACAAGCUUAAGUACGCAGCGUUCAAGUGCAAGAAGAUGAAUUCCAACCCGAAGCGGGGCCCGCUCCACUACAGGGCACCUGCCAAGAUCCUGUGGCGCACGAUCCGUGGCAUGGUGCCCCACAAGACGCCCCGGGGCGCGGCAGCGCUGGACAGGCUGAAGGCGUUCGAGGGCGUUCCGCACCCGUACGACAGGAAGAAGCGCAUGGUCGUGCCCAGCUGCCUCAAGGUCCUGCGCCUGAAGAAAGAGCGGAAGUUCUGCAAGCUGGGCGACCUCAGCCAGCAGGUGGGCUGGAAGCACCAGGAGCUGGUGGAGCGCCUCGAGAAGCAGCGCAAGGUCAAGAGCGAGGUGUUCUACAAGAAGAAGCUCGGGUCGAAGAAGGCUCUCCAGGCCGCCGUGAAGGGCGCGGCCGUGUCUGCCGAGGACAGGGGGAUCCUUGAGGCCGCCGGGCUCGCGUGAUCGGCAGCGCCGCGGGCGGCCCCGAGCGCCUCCCGGAGGGCCCUCCCCGCCCCCUCGACUCAAGCGU